AUGGUGAUGAAACUACUCAUCAUUUGUAGUCUUUUGGUGUACGCCAACGCUCAAAAAUUUGAUAAGAGCUUCAAGGAAAUGUGCGAAGUUUUAGAUGGCAAAGACAGCUAUCGCGAGCGAGAGGACAUUAGUCAGCCGAUGGAAGGUGAUAAGUGCACAGUUGUUUUCCCGGUAGCUUUUGAUGACAAGAAUUCUGCACAAAGAUAUUGUGAAGAUAAUGUCCCAUUUCAUAUUCAUGGUUCUGAUUUCGGAAGAGAACCAGGAAAAUUAUUUUGUGAUGCAGAAGCCUCGUUGAUAUGUAAAGAUGGAUGGGUUCAGAUGUUUGGAAGAUGCUAUCAAAUCACUAAAGAGAUGAUGACUCACCCGGAUGCAGUGAAGCAUUGUGGAGAUAAGAAAGCGAUAAUUGCAUUCAUGCACAGAGAGGCACUCCCAUUCAGAAUCAAUGAUUAUUUCUCCCGUGUCUCUCAAGUUUGGUUAAAUGCCAGUGAAGCUAUAACCAAUGAUUUGAUCUACAAUGUCGAUGGAGGAAACGUUCUUCUGGCACUCGAUGGAUACAGAUACGGACUUCCAAACAUUGCUCUUGCUCGCGUCGAAACUAAUGAAAAAGCAAUGGCUCUGUGUGAAUACACUCCUCCGAUGAAUCAAGCGGAGAGCAACCAUUUGCUCAGAAGAUACGGAGAAAUCUAUUAUCCGACGUUGUUCACCAAAGACAAAGCCUAUGUCAGAUCGUUCAGCAGUCUUCAACGUAGUUCCGACAGAAUGAGAGAUCACAAUUACUGCAAAAACGUAUUGAGACCUUUCCUUCAAACUGAUUCUGCUCAAUCAGCUUAUCCAACACCAGAAUUUUUGGAAUUAUUGAAUAGACACCGGGAGCCAACUAUCAUUCGAACCUCUGUCUACUCUGCGGAUUCCAGUCUACUCAACCGUGUCAGCUCGAAUUGCACAACUUCUACCUCUAAAAAUUACGGAUUUGACCGUACCAAUUCUAACGGAAGCGCCUUGUUCACAACUUUAACGUUUGCUAAGAAUAUCUGGAGAAAAGAUGAGCCUAAGGAGCAAUGUGAUGGCGCCAGUUGGAGUACUGGCAUUGUUCUCAGCCGGGAAAAAGGCGAAGCUCGUCUUGAAGCGAUGUCAGACGCCAGAUAUGCUCCAAUCUAUUGUCAAACAAACUUCGAUACUUUCUAUUAUGGCAAAUGUCCGGCUAGAUGGCGCCCAUACUACAGGAAAGAACGAGGGCAACUAUGGUGUCAUAAAUUUGCUGAGGAGGAAUGGAAACCAAUCCGAGAGACGUUUGACGGGGCUGAAAAAUGGUGCAAACGUCAAGGUGCUGCUGUCACGGGGUUCACGAAUGCUGAGGAAUUGUCUUUGUUGGAUGACAUAGUCGUCGAUGCCAGCAGGGUACUCAAUGACUUCAAUCCCGGUGUUAAAACAUGGCUUGGAGCCAAACGACGUCCACAGUGUGACAAAGUUUUGAAGGGCAUGAACGGAUUUAUAAGAGAAGAGAGCCACGCGUGCUCUCGUCUUCGUGUGUUCGAGUGGCUCAAUGGUGUUGCUCAGAAUCCACCAGAUUUUGAAGAUCAUUGGGUGGCUCCUUCCGAACCAAAUAACUAUAGAGACAGUAAAGAGGGAUGUAUUGAGUUGUUGAAAGGAGAUGAAACCCAGCGUUGGAAUGUAAAGGAUGCUUCCAAAAAGUUGAAUGAUAAUGCCUGCGGAAAUAAGAAAUACUUCAUAUGUGGAAAAGAAGCUCCGAUUAAAUCGAACUCCAAUGUUUGA